AUGUUGUUGAAUAGCGUUUCUAUGAGCUUGCUGUUCAAUCUGUCUGUUGUUCAGAAUGGCAAAGAACCCUAAUUUUCAGGAAGUUGGUCAUCUGCCUACAGGCUACGUCCACUGUAGAUCUUCAGAUAGCUUUACUGGCUACCAAUAUCACCAUCCCUCCAAGAUGAGUAACAGCCAUCCGCUUCGUCCUUACACAGCUGUGGGUGAGAUUGACCACGUUCACAUUCUGUCAGAGCAUAUUGGUGCUCUAAUGAAUGGGGAAGAAUAUAGUGACGUUACCUUUAUUGUAGAAAAGAAACGUUUUCCGGCACACAGAGUGAUCCUGGCUGCUAGGUGCCAUUAUUUCAGAGCAUUAUUGUAUGGCGGAAUGAGAGAAUCUCAGCCUGAAGCAGAAAUUCCUCUUCAGGACACCACUGCAGAAGCAUUUACCAUGCUGUUGAAAUAUAUUUACACUGGUCGUGCUACACUACGAGAUGAGAAAGAGGAGGUUCUCCUAGACUUCCUAAGCCUAGCACAUAAAUAUGGGUUCCCAGAACUGGAGGAUUCCACGUCUGAGUAUCUUUGCACAAUACUUAAUAUUCAGAACGUCUGUAUGACAUUUGAUGUUGCCAGUCUUUAUUCCCUUCCCAAAUUAACUUGUAUGUGCUGUAUGUUCAUGGAUAGAAAUGCCCAAGAGGUGCUCUCCAGCGAAGGCUUCCUAUCGCUUUCUAAGGCUGCUCUUCUAAGUAUUGUACUGAGGGACUCAUUUGCAGCUCCUGAGAAGGACAUUUUCCAAGCUUUGAUGAAUUGGUGUAAACAUAACCCCAAGGAAAACCAUGCUGAAAUCAUGCAAGCAGUGCGUUUGCCACUAAUGAGUCUAACAGAACUACUAAAUGUUGUAAGACCUUCUGGAUUGUUGUCACCUGAUGCCAUUCUAGAUGCCAUUAAGAUUCGUUCUGAGAGUCGGGACAUGGACCUCAACUACAGGGGCAUGUUAAUACCAGGGGAAAAUAUUGCAACAAUGAAGUAUGGAGCACAGGUUGUAAAAGGGGAGCUGAAGUCUGCUUUAUUAGAUGGGGAUACUCAGAACUAUGACCUGGAUCAUGGCUUCUCUCGACACCCCAUCGAUGAUGACUGCCGUUCUGGAAUUGAAAUUAAACUAGGCCAGCCGUCAAUAAUCAACCACAUACGAAUACUCCUGUGGGACAGAGAUAGUCGGUCUUAUUCCUACUACAUUGAGGUGUCCAUGGAUGAGUUAGACUGGAUUCGGGUUAUCGAUCACUCUAAAUACCUCUGUCGGUCCUGGCAGAACCUGUAUUUUCCUGCCCGUGUCUGCAGGUAUAUUCGAAUUGUUGGGACCCACAACACAGUGAACAAAGUUUUCCAUAUUGUGGCAUUUGAAUGCAUGUUCACGAACAAAACCUUUACUCUUGAGAAAGGUCUGAUAGUUCCCACUGAAAAUGUUGCAACAAUUGCAGACUGCGCCAGUGUGAUUGAGGGUGUAAGUCGCAGUCGCAAUGCCUUAUUGAAUGGAGACACAAAAAACUAUGAUUGGGAUUCUGGGUACACAUGCCAUCAGCUUGGGAGUGGAGCUAUUGUAGUACAGCUAGCACAGCCCUACAUGAUUGGAUCAAUACGGUUGCUACUUUGGGACUGUGAUGAUCGGAGCUACAGCUACUACAUUGAGGUUUCAACGAAUCAGCAGCAGUGGACUAUGGUGGCCGAUCGCACAAAAAUUUCCUGCAAAUCCUGGCAAACAAUCACUUUUGAUAAACAGCCUGCAUCUUUUAUCAGAAUAGUCGGAACUCACAACACAGCUAAUGAGGUGUUUCACUGUGUGCAUUUUGAGUGCCCAGCACAAAACAGUACCCACAAGGAUGAGAGUAGUAAGGAAGUGGCAACAACAGAGGUGGGGACUGGUGGACAACAGCUUGUUUCUCGCCCUGUUCGAGCUGCAAGCACUAGUUCCCUGCAUUCCCCUCCUGGAUCCACCUUGCGUUCACAAGCUCACCAACCGUAAAGGAGAUUGAAAGGGAGCUUUUGCAGCCCCGCUGACAUUAUAUGAAAUUAUUCAGAACCUUCUUGUGCUGGCACCUUUUCUUUCUUUGUGAACAAAGGGGACCAUGUCUGAAAGCUGGAAAUGCUGAAAUGGAAAAGGCUUUUCCCAAGGACAUGAAGAGACUGCUUCACUCUCCUCAAUUUGUUCAAAUCAGGCUGGUCUCCGAGGGGGGAGAAAAUAGGUCUUCAAUCUUCAUCAAGUACCCCAUUAACACCCUACCUCUCUAAUCUAACCAAGGCAAGGAGAACAGAAGGAAAUAAAAGGCAGAGCUACAGUGGAAAUCUAAAAUGACUCGAGCAGAAUGAAACACAUAUGAAAUAAGUAUUUGUUCCCUGAAGGCUUCCAUUAGCAAAGAAAAUGUUUAUGGAACACAUCAGUCCAGAAUAUAUGUUAUUUUUAAAAGUUAUUCUUCAUUCAUAUUCCUUUGUAACUAGUAAUCUGUUCUCUAGAUUGUUUUGACUCUGUAUUCCACUUUGUCUCUUAUUUUUGGCUGUAGCAAAUGCUGUGCAGUAGAUUAAGGAAGUAUCAAACAUGUUUACCUGCUGAGAUGCAAAUUCCCUCAUUCAUCAGUGGGAUGACAAGAAAAGCCUUCAUGAUAUCAACAAACUAAUUAAUGGAUGCUAUAUUAAUCUUGACCUUAGUUGACUUUUCAAAGUACAAAAUUAUCAUUUCUUGCACUCAGAAAGAAAAUUCCUAAAUCAAGCAUCUGUCUUGAAGAAAAACAUAUUUUUCGCUCCUGAAGAUGAUUACUUAAAUUUUACCUGUAUUUCUAAGAAGACUUGCAACAGAUCAUCAAAAAUGUUUGGUUUAGAAAAGUGGAACUGCAUCUGGUCGCUGACAAGCAGUUGUUCAGAAUACAAAAAGAAGAAUUUGCAGAUACUUAUUUUUUUUCCAAGAAAAAAAUGUUUUACAGUCUGGAGCUAAAAAUUCAAAGGCUGUGUGUGCAUAAACUUUUCUCAUAAUCUUCAUAAAAUAUGAUGCUUUUACACUGUAUUGUAAAAGAUCUGGCUCUUACUUUACAAUCACAGAAUUCGUUAUCCAUCUAUGUCUGUCUGGGUUACAUUGCCUGCUACUUUGCUGAUUCUAAGUGUUUCCACACUGAUGAUGAUGCAGUCUCUUACUGUCCAGAUCUACAUGACUUUUAGGAAGAGCUCCAUGUUGGUCUUUCAGUGUGGGAUAAAGUGGUUUUGUAUUAAGACAAACGCUGAUGUAA